AGGGCCGAGAAAGCAACGGAGAGUUAAUAAGAAACCCUGAUUAUCGAGGUCUGUGAGAUCUGCAAAGGAACCAAAUAGAGAGAGAGAGAGAGAGAGAAGAAAGUGAGAGAAACUCCAAGAGAAAGUGCGAGAAAAUACGAAAAAUAAAUAAAAGGAAAAGGAGGAAGCCCUUUCAUCCUUUGGAUCUAUCUCUCCUUCUUUCUCCGCCUGCCGAGCUAUCUUCUUCAACAUGAGGAUCCGCAAGAACGCAAAGCUCUCACCCUCCUGGUUCUCGCACGCUUCAGCUCCCGAGGCCCUCCAGACGCACGUGUGCCAGCUCAACCAGUCGCCGUGGGAUGCGAUUCCCUUUGCGCAAGACUCAAGCCAGCUCGAAGGAGAAGACAGCUUCACAGGAAAUGCCAGCCUCGCCGAUUCUGUCGGACCUGUCGAGAGUGUUUCGUCGAUGAUGGACGCGGUGGCAGCGAAGGCCGAGGAGAUGGUUGUCUACGAUAACGAUACGGUCGAGAAGCGAGCAAAAGCGUUCGACCACACCGAAGAACGAGCAAGAGAGAAUGAAUUUGGGUUCGAAAAUACCAACAAUAAUAUCACUACUACUACUAGUCCUAGUUUCCGGAGAGCCGCCGCGGCUGCGGCGGCGGCGGCUGCGGCUGCGGGAGCUCGCCGUGCCCGAGGUCGCGCGGCGAAGAAGGGUUCCUCAUCCUCCAACCCUUACGAAUUCUAUUACUAUUCUGGGUUCGGGCCGUUAUGGGGUAGGAAAAGAGGCGAUAGAGGAGGAGAUGCGAUCAGCAAGAGCAACGAAGCCGCCAAACUUGUCGACAACAUUACUAUUAAUACUACUCAAAGCAGCACUCCUUCUUCCUCCUCGCAAAUCGAUAACAAUGACGAUUUCGACUAUGUGGAUGAUGAUGAUGACGACGACGAAGACGACGCCAACGGCGACAGUGGGAAGAAGCGGAUGCGGAAGCCUGUGAAAGCGCGAUCGUUGAAGUCCCUAAUGUAAAUAUGCAAAGUGCUUGUGGUUUCGGUGUUGAAAUGUGUCGAGAUUAUCGUAAAUUUGUUUUUGUCUUGUGGGUUUCGCUAGUAUUUUAGGGUUAGGGGAAUUUUUAAGAUAAUUUUCGGUUCACAUCGUGUUGUGUUUUGUCGCGGGUGAGGUUAGGUUUGUCCCUGCAACAUGACAGUAGCAGUUUUCCUAGGGUGUGAGUCGGGUGGACCAAGGGAUCGUGCUAGUCAAAUGUUUUGAAAUGGAAGGGUAGUUCAGUAGUUUCGCAUCUUUCCUUUUUUCAACUAUGUGCAUAGAAAACUUUUGGGUUUUGUGACGUGGCGCCACAUGAUUCUCGUUGAUUUAAUUAUGUUAAACGCUUGGAAAUAUCACUCUUUAAAAUUUUUCUAAUUGGAAAUUCUUUGCAUGCA